CCCGGAAGGAGCCAUCCUGCGGCACUUGAGCCAGUGAGUGAAAGCGGCGCCGCCCGCCGGUAGCGGGCGAGGCGAAGCUGGUGUGCCCUGAGUCUUCCCGUAGGGCUCCCCCAAAGAAGGAGGGCGAGCGGCGUGCAUUCGCACCGCGCCUCCUCGCGUUUCUGUUCCCCAAAUAGGGCCUCCCCAUCCCCCACCGCCAAGCCCUGCGUGGGCUGAGCGCUCCAUCCCCACACUUUGGCCUCACCGCGGCGCCCAGAUUUUGUGUGGCCUCCGGGUCCCCGUCCCCUGCCCUGUCGCCCCGCCGCUGGAGCUGUCACCGCCCUGCCCGCCGUUCUCCCGCCGCCACCGCUGCCGGCACCAUGGGCAGUGAGCAGAGCUCCGAGGCCGAGAGCCGACCCAACGAUCUGAACUCCUCAGUGACUCCUUCUCCAGCCAAGCAUAGAGCCAAGAUGGAUGAUAUUGUGGUUGUAGCUCAGGGCUCCCAGGCCUCACGGAAUGUCAGCAACGAUCCUGAUGUCAUCAAGCUGCAAGAGAUUCCAACCUUCCAGCCCCUUUUGAAAGGGCUAUUGAGUGGCCAGACUUCUCCAACAAAUGCCAAAUUGGAGAAAUUGGAUUCUCAGCAGGUGUUGCAGCUCUGCCUCCGAUAUCAGGAUCACCUGCAUCAGUGUGCAGAGGCUGUUGCUUUUGAUCAGAAUGCUUUGGUGAAACGAAUCAAAGAGAUGGACCUGUCUGUAGAAACCCUCUUCAGCUUCAUGCAGGAGCGCCAGAAAAGGUACGCCAAGUACGCGGAGCAGGUGCAGAAGGUGAACGAGAUGUCGGCCAUCCUGCGGCGCAUCCAGAUGGGCAUCGACCAGACCGUGCCGCUCAUGGAGAGGCUCAACAGCACGCUGCCCGAGGGCGAGCGGCUCGAGCCCUUCAGCAUGAAGCCCGACCGGGAGCUCAAGCUGUGAGCGGCCACCUCCCCCCGCCGGCUGCCCUGCAGAGCCCGGGACACCCACACCCCACGGACAGGGAGAGCCGAAGUCUUGCCGCAUGCCCAGGGCUAGAA